GGUCUGGGCUCCCCACCUCAGGCUCUCACCCUCCUCUCCUGCAGCUCCAGCUCUGUGCUCUGCCUCUGAGGAGCCCAUGGCCCAGCCCCUGUGCACCCUGCUGCUCCUGCUGGCCGCCCUGGCUGGGGCCCAGGCCUGGAGCCCCAAGGAGGAGGAUAGGGUGAUCCCAGGUGGCAUCUAUGACGCAGACCUCAAUGAUGAUGAAGUACAGCGUGCCCUUCACUUCGCCAUCAGCGAGUACAACAAGGCCACCGAAGAUGAGUACUACAGACGCCCACUGCGGGUGCUGCGAGCCAGAGAGCAGGUCGUGGCCGGAAUGAAUUACUUCCUCGAUGUGGAGUUGGGCCGAACCACAUGUACCAAGUCCCAGCCCAACCUGGACACCUGCGCCUUCCAUGAACAGCCAGAACUGCAGAAGAAACAGCUGUGCUCCUUUGAGAUCUAUGAAGUUCCCUGGGAGGACAGAAUGUCCCUGGUGAAUUCCAGGUGUCAAGAAGCCUAGGGAUCUGUGCCAGGCCAGUCACACCAACCGCCUCCUACUCCCACCCCCUGUAGUGCUCCUACCCCUGGACUGGUGGCCUCCACCCUGGGGGCGGUCUCCCCAUGCGCCUGCGCCAGGAGACAGACAUAGAAGGGAGCAGGAGGCCUUUGUUGCUCAGCAGGGGGCUCCGCCCUCCCUCCUUCCUUCUUGCUUCUGGUAGCCCUGGUACAUGCUACACACAAUCCCACCUCCUGCAAUAAAACAGUAGCAUCGGCUCCCUCUGAGUUCUUGACUGUCUGGGGGAUGUGCA